AUGAACCGUCCAGCCCCUGUGGAGAUCUCCUAUGAGAACAUGCGUUUUCUGAUAACUCACAACCCUACCAAUGCUACCCUCAACAAGUUCACAGAGGAACUUAAGAAAUAUGGAGUGACAACUUUGGUUCGAGUUUGUGAUGCUACAUAUGAUAAAGCACCAGUUGAAAAAGAAGGAAUCCAUGUUCUAGAUUGGCCAUUUGAUGAUGGUGCGCCACCCCCUAAUCAGAUAGUGGAUGAUUGGCUAAACCUAUUAAAAACCAAAUUUCGUGAAGAACCAGGUUGCUGUGUUGCAGUGCAUUGUGUUGCAGGAUUGGGAAGGGCACCUGUGCUGGUUGCACUUGCUUUGAUUGAAUGUGGAAUGAAGUAUGAAGAUGCAGUUCAGUUUAUAAGGCAAAAAAGAAGGGGAGCAUUCAAUUCCAAACAGCUGCUUUACCUGGAGAAAUACCGACCUAAGAUGCGAUUACGCUUCAGAGAUACCAAUGGGCAUUGCUGUGUUCAGUAG